AUGAAAGAGGCGAUGGCUGCGGCUGCUCCGGAAGAGAGGCGGUGGCGGCGGGAGCCGGAGGGGGAGGCGGCGGCGGCGGACUGGGCGUGGAGCUGGGGUGCGGGCACGGACGGGCAGCUGGGGAACGGCGGAUUCUACGAUCAUCACCUCCCGCAGCCGCUGCUUCUCCCCACUCGAUGCCGCGGCCGUGUCUCUUUCGUCGCUGGUGGCGGCGCCCACGCUAUCGCCCUCACAAGUGAUGGUGAAGUAUUUACUUGGGGCAGAGGUACACAUGGCCAACUUGGUCAUGGGAACUUGGACAACAUCCCUCAUCCGAAGUUGGUUAAGUUCCUUGAAAAUCAUACUAUAACCUGUGUGUCUGCUGGAUGGAACCAUUCUGGAUUCGCUACAGAUUCUGGGCAACUCUUCAUGUGUGGAGAUGGCUCAUUUGGACAACUUGGCACUGGUGAUAACCUCUCAAGGAACUUUCCUUUUGAAGUGACAUACUUUAAUGCAAGGCAUAUUGAGAAGCUUGCUUUUGGUAUGCGCCAUUCUCUUGUACUACUGAAAGACAAUUCAGUGUAUGGAUUUGGCUCUGCAAGACGAGGUCAAGUUGGUAAAUGUGUUUCUAGGAACCAAAAAACAUAUAAUGUUCCUAGACUGAUUGAUGGUUUUCCAAAUUGUAAGAUAGUAAAUAUAUAUGCCAAUGGUGAUCACAGUGCUGCGUUGGAUGAAUCUGGUCAUCUGUACAUCUGGGGAAGAGCAUUAAUUGGAGAAGAUGAUGAUGACCAACCACUGCGAAUUUUACCCUCUUCGAGUGUUUCUCAAGUGGCACUAGGAUGGCACCAUGCAUUAGUUUUAUCUGCUGGAGAAUUGUACACACUUGGUGUUUACCGCCACCAGAAAUGUGAUCUCCCUGGAUUAGGAAAUGUAUUGGGGCAGCAAUCGAACACAAGGGCAACAAGCAGCUCUCAUGAUCGUUCAUCUUCUUUGUCAAUGUUGGAGACGGUUCCAUUUAUCGAUGGAGAACAGGUGGUGCAGAUAGCAAGUGGAACUGAGCAUUCCGCUUUGGUAACAGAUAAAGGAACAAUCUUCACCUGGGGCUGGGGAGAGCAUGGACAACUUGGUUUGGGCGACACUUCGGAUCAUGUGGCUCCUCAGAGAAUAGAUAUAGGUGACAAUGGGCAGCGCACGUCUGGUUCACUUGCCGUCUACUGUGGGAGUGGAUUUACCAUUGCGGUGAAAUCGCCCGUAGUGGCUGUCUAG